AUGGCUGAAACUGCUUUUGAUAAAAUAUUGCGGAGUUUUAAUCGCCUAAUUUCUCGGUAUGGAUCUUUUUGUGGAGGUCCGCAACAUCACAGGGAUCUAAAACUCCUGAGGACCUUCGUCAACAAAUUAGUUGAGAAAAACCACCAACAGAAUGAAGUGAAAAUUCUGGCGAACUCCAUUAAUGAUGCGAACCAGAAAAUAGCCAAUGCCUUCAUAUCAUUUCAGCGCUGUCAAACUGGCACUUACGAAACUCUCCCCAGCAUCAUAGAAGAUGUUACGGUUAUCUCAACAGUGGUGCAGAAAAUUUGUAUCAAAUUGCCUGAUAUCAUAUGUUCUCCAAGAGCUGAUACGAUAGUAGUUGAGGAUGAAACUGUG